AAAAGAAAGCGCCGUCUAGCUGAUCGUCUUUUGACUAAGACCGUGAGACAAAUAAUCCCAGAAUCUGAGUCUUAUAUGGAGCUACUGGAGGUCGAAAAAAAACUCGACUUAGUACUGAUGCAUAAACGGCUUACUUUACAGGAGGCAAUGAAAAAGCCGUUUAAGACGAAACGUAAACUUCGAAUCAUGCUUAGCAGUAUUUUCAAACCCGGAACUCCACCUUCUAUUAGGUCUGAUGGCCAGAUAAUUCAGCCGGAAUCCGUUCCUGGUUGGGAGCUUAAAGUCGAAGGCCAGCUUUUAGAUAAACCUGGUCAUCCAAGCAAUAAUGAUCUGAAGUUUCGGCGGAAAUUCUCUUCUUUUUUCAAAUCUCUCGUCAUCGAGCUUGAUAGAGAAUUAUAUGGACCAGAUAAUCACUUAGUUGAAUGGCAUCGGACUCCAUCCACAGCUGAAACAGACGGCUUUCAGGUGCGUUAG